AUGACUACUGGGACCAGUGGUCUGCCCAGUGGUGCUGUUGCUGUUAUGACUGCAGCGUUGCUAAAACAUGACUUGAUGUCACCCCCGAAAACAACUCCAACUAAAGCCAGAAAACGACACAGAGGGAUUAUUGAGAAACGGCGAAGUGACCGAAUCAAUAACAGCCUGACUGAUCUCAGAAGACUUGUGCCAAGUGCGUUUGAGAAGCAGGGAUCGUCAAAAUUGGAAAAAGCUGAAAUUUUGCAGAUUACUGUAGAUCAUUUGAAGAUGAUACAUGCUGCCAGCGGACAAGGUGAGUCAAUACCAAAACAAUACAAAGACUUGGUUUAUGAUGACAGCCUCAGCCUGGGCUUCAGGGAGUGUCUGUCAGAGACGGCCCGCUACCUAAGCAUCAUGGAGGGCUGGAACAGUGUCGACCCACUCCGCGUACGCCUGGUCUCUCACCUCAACAACUACGCCUCUCAGAGAGACAUCCACACUGGAUUGACUGGACACCCUGGACAACUAGCCUGGGGCUCCGCUUUGAGGACACCCUCCGCCCACCUGCCACACCCCCUCUUACCACUCCCCCAGGGACGGACACUAGCCCCCCACAGUACCAGCAGCCCACCCUCCUCCUGCUCCAUCUCCUCCUCCGCCUCCAUGUCAUCCCCCUGUUCAACUGAUACCUCUGUGACCUCCAGACUCAGCGUGAUGGCCCCCUCAGAGGCACUCAGGGUGCCCCCCAAUGACAAUCUACCCCUGGGGCUGGCCCUGUCAGUCUCAGCCUCCAAGCUCUCCCAACCACCACCCCUCUCCUCCCUGUCUGCCUUCUCCUUCACUACUUUUCCCCUAGUGUCCCCGGCAGCCCUCAAUGCAUCAGGCUCCUCCACAGCUCUGAGAAAUCAGCCUUACAGGCCCUGGGGGACCGAGAUCGGGGCCUUCUGAACUCUUGUGAUCAUCAGAACCGGAAGGCAACAACUUAGAUCCCCGCCUCCCGCCAACCUGCCUCCCUCCAACCUGCCUCCCUCCAACCUG